AAGCUAAAGAAAGAAGAUGAAGAUGAGCAGUGCUACCAUGGGAGCUUCAAAGAGAAGGUUCUCAAGCAGAGGGCUAGGAGGUGUCCUUAGAGAGCAAAGGGCUAAGCUUUACAUUAUUAGGAGAUGUGUGNCGUUGGCUCUUUGUUAG